AUGGUCAAGGACGCGUCUCUCUUCGACGCCUGGCACACACGGUCACACGUCACCGUCGAUGGCGCUGGUGGGUCACUCAUGGCACAAGGCACCGGCUCGAUCACGAUACGAACGUCGAAACAACGAACGAUCAAGCUCUGCAACGUCUACUACGUCCCCGACCUUCCGGCCAACCUGAUCUCGGUCAUGCAGCUGCGCCGCGAGCGCGUUUACACCCACUUUGGCAAGACCAUCGAGCUCCGGUCACAAGGUCAACUCAUAGGUGUGGCAUCCCUCAUUGCGAAUCAACUGUCGACACUGGACGCCACCCCAAUCCGCAGCACGGUGUCACCGGUCGCAGCAGCCGCCAUCCCUCUCCUGACUCUGCACCAACGAUUCGGCCACCUAUCCCUCCCCAACCUGCGAAGGGCAGUAUCGUCGGGUCAACUCCAAGGUCAAACAUGGACGUACUCGGCGGCCGAAUGCAAGGCCUUCUCCUGCGACACCUGCAAAGCCGCCAAAGCAACAAGGACACCUUUCCCAACGUCGGACUCUCGCGCUUCGCAACCACUCGAACUGGUCCACUCCGACGUCCUCACUCUGCCCGAACCCGCCACCGAUGGGGAACGAUACGUUGUCACCUUCAUUGACGAUUUCUCCCGGAAGACGUGGGUCAGCGCGCUGAGGAACAAGAGUCAGGUCUUCGACACCUUCCAGCGUUGGCACGCCAUGAUCGAGCGCUCGACGGGCCUCAAGCUCCGCACGUUACGAACGGACAACGGCGGUGAAUAUACGUCCAAAGCCUUCAUCGAGUACUGCUCUCUUCACGGCAUUACCAGGCAACUCACAAUCCCUUACACCCCGGAGCAAAACGGCCGAGCCGAACGGACGAACCGCACAAUCGUCGAGGGGACGAUUGCCCUGCUCCAGCACUCGGGACUGUUGAAUUUCAUUCUACUACAAGCGUUCGAACACUUCAACCUUGGGCCGCCGUUGGCAGGUCCGCCCAUUUUCGCCUCGGCGCCUUUGCCUUCGCAGCCAAGCCGCCGCCCCAUUUUCACCUCGGCGCCUUCGCCUUCGCAGCCAAGCCGUCGCCCUCCUGCCUCCCGCCGGCCUGCUCAACUCACGCCCGCGUGCCGCCGCCUCCACGCCGGGACUCUGGCCGUCUGCCCUCCAGUCUUGCUGAGCCAAUGCCUCCACUUAGUCACCAGCAGCUUGCCGCCGCCGUCCUCAUGUUCCAUCGGCCAUCAAGAGUAUCGCCCAUGCAUGACGCCCGCCGUUCGCAACCUGAGUCUCGUCGCUAUGGACUCCCUCACUCACCAACACUCGACAUCGUAGAUAGGUUUCCCCUCGUGGCCGUUGUCCAACACGACCCCUCUCAGCACCCGAAUGACCCACUUGGAGUUUGCCCUUGAUGCUUAGCAGCGCAUCCGCCCAAUUUGCAGUAGAUCCUGACAAGCGACGUCGGAGGGGAUGACGUCGUCUACACGCGUUGGUACGGGGGGGGGGGAUUUCUGGAAGUGUCGGCUGUUGCGGCGGCAGUCGACAAGGGAGCAACCGAGGAGGGGAGUCGGUCGAAAGGCUUGCAGGAAAUCAAGUGUAACGGACUUAAUUCCCAAACGAUCGACAAGAAGAGGAGGGGCAACAAAAGAGAAGAGCGGACCAAGCUCCCAGGGAAAGGUGGUAAAACUAAAGGGAAGGGACUGUGCCAGGCCCAGAGGGGACUUAGCCAAAUCAACCACUCCAAGAGGUCGCCUCAGGGGUAAAAAGGAUUGCUCGCGGGAGCACCGGUAAAAACCCUGAAGCCGCGCCUCGGCUAACAAAAGAUAAAACAAACCGAAAGAAGACUGCGGUCUGGGCGCCCCGAACCCGCGACCACCGAGUGCGCGCCUGCGCGCCUCACGACUACGCCAUCGCACCGACGAUGCUGUGAAACGAGGCAAGCCUCUGGUCAAGUCAACUCUACCCGCACAUAGCCUUGGGGGGCUUCCUUCGAGUACACGCUGUCAUCCUGACAGAAGGUCAAUCGGCAAGCAUUCGCACGCGCCUCAACCGCCGGAGUCGCCAGACGAGCAUCGUCUCGCUGGAGGAUGUGGAUGGCACCGAGACCGUUGACAUGCAGGAGGUGCUGGGUAUUGCUUCACGGCACGCGCAGUCGCUCUUCACGCCGGACCCAGCUCGUGGCGACCCGACGAACGCACGCCGGUCCCUGCUCGACCCUAUUCGCGCAGCGAAAUGCUACGAUGACAACCGCUCGGACCCUACGUUCGGUCGUCGGCUGCCUCGUCAAGCGAGAGUGGCGCUUGACGAGCCCUUCACCCUCCUCGAGGUUGAAGCGGCGUUGAAGAAGACGGAUUCGGGGCGAUCACCGGGGCCCUCGGGCAUUCCGUACGAGCUCUUCAAGGCGCUGCCAACCUACUUUGCUCCCAAGCUGUUGGACUUGUUCAACUCGAUUUGGGAGGGCGGCAAAAUGAUGGCGUCCUUGGCAGAGGGGCUGGUGCGGCUCUUGCCCAAGAAUAAACCGGGGGCCAAUCUGAAAUCACUGGGGGCAUACCGACCGAUCACAUUGCGCGAGACGACCUACAAGGUCCUCAGCAAGGUCUUGGUGGCGCGACUCAAUGGGGUGCUCGGCGAGCUUUUACCGCCGGCGCAACACGGUUUCAUGCCAUCAAGACGUUCAGCAGACGCGGGAAGUCAUCUCACUCUCCUUCUCGAAAAACUCAAGUCGCUAGGCACUGAUGUUUUCCCCAAGGGCGCCCUCUUGUCUUUGGAUCAGCAGAGCGCGUACGAUCGGGUCGAUCACGCCUGGAUCUUUGAGGUCUUUGAGGCCUUUGGGUUCGGUGAGCGUUUCAUCUCGCUGCUGCGCGCUCUCUACGAUCCCGAGACUCUGGGGGUGCGCUACCUUGUCAAUGGGUUCCCCACGGACUUGGUGCGGUUGCUGUGUGGUCUCGGUCGGGGGGAUCCCCUCUCGUGCCCGGUUUGGAACAUCACGUUCCAGCCCUUCCUCGACGCCCUCGUUUGGCGCGGGAUCGCGCUCGACCUGCAAAAGGUGUGGCCAGGGGGGCCGCGUGCGCAGCUUACGCAUCUGGUGUUUGCCGACGAUGCUGUGGUGGUGGUGGAGUCACCGGCGGCAUUGUCGAAGCUGCAAACGCUGUCACAGACGUGGUACGAGGCUACCAACGGGGAGACCAACACGGACAAGACGCUGGUGCUACCACUCGGACCGAACUGGCUUCGGGACGAGACUGCGCAGGCGCUGCCAACAGUGCAGGAGGGGGAGAGCUUCAAGUGGUGCGGCUAUGCCUUCUUUCGCCACGGUGACUCGAAACUGUUUUGGACCCAUGUUCUUGACAGGAUCAAGGCCAAGACCCGCGCCGCUCGAGACCGGACACUUUCGCCGAGUGGGAAGGUUUUCUAUGCCAAUGCUCACAUCAUCUCGACGGUCCUCCACAUGCUGUCCUUCGACAUACCGCCUCAAUGGUUCACUAAGGCGGCGGAGACGGCACUUACGGACUUUGUCUGGGGAGGAGCAGGGUGAAAUACCGUCGCUCGCGAUUUCGUGUUCCAGGCUCGGGAGGACGGUGGCUUGGGUUUGAUUUCGAUUGGCGACAUCGUUCAUUCGGUGGCGCUUCGAUUUUGGGAUGCUGUGGCGGGCUCGGACGAGGCGAUCUGGGCACCCCUAGCUCGCGAGAGCUGGAGGUCCCUCGUCGCUGCGACCCGCAAUUUCAGUCCGUGGGGGUUCUUCAGCAGCACGGCUCGGGUCGAGAAGCUGUAUCGCGACUCGACGCGCUGGGGGGCAGUCGUUGCAGCGGCCAGGGUCACAGUUCCAACCAUCAAGUCCGAACUCCUUACGCUUCCCGAAUUGCUCUCGCUUCCGCCUCGCCUCCCUUCACUCUAUGCUGAAGGUGCCCAGCACGCAUAUGACGAUGCGGACGCGGUGGCGAAGUUUGCGCAGAUCGCGGACCUGUACUGGAGGGACGAAGGGAAGGGAUGGGCUCUGGUUGGUCAUCGACGCGGGUUCUGGCAGCACUCUAAGGAACCCGCCCUACAGCACGAGCACGUGUGGUCGCGCGUGGGUCAGUUGCUCAAGGCGAAAGCGUUGCUGCCCAAGACCGCAUUGCGACCUGCUCGGAUACCUCUCAAGGAGGCUCCCCGUCCUCGGUGCUUCAACUUCUUUGGGCUCUCCCGACCUUUUACAAUUCGCAAGCUUCGUCGGCUUGUGAACAAGGUGCGGUUCCCAGGGAGGGAGGACCGUGUCAAGCGUUUCCCUGAUGGGACUUCUCAGAGCGAUAGGAAGCGCUUCUGGAGAUGGCUUCAUGACCGGUUCGCGUCUGCUGUCGAGCAGGACACCCACUGGCGGCUCAUGUACGACGUGACGCCGACGCGCAAGAGGCAGCAUACUCAGGGUCAUGCCUCUUCGCCGACGUGUCUGUUCUGCGGCAACGAUGCAGCGGUCAUCGAGACGGUGUCCCACUACUUUUUCGAGUGCGCGUACUCGACCAGCUUCUGGGGUGGGGUGCUACGCAUUCUGCUUGACAAGCUCGGCAUCGAGGAUACCGACGUCGAUCCGUCGACGUUCACUCCGGAGCAGCUGACUAUGGGGCUCCCCCUUUUGCGGGGUCGUGGGAGAACGACCUCGAAAUGGAUGUGGGUUCGGCUGGCCUGCGCGAUCGGUUUCCAGCGGCUGCACCUGCUCCGCUGGCGCGUUCAUCAGCGGUUCGAGCUGGACAACGUCGUGGCCCCUCCCUCGCUUCCCAGUGCGCUCAGAGCGUUCGAGCGAGAUUUUCUCUCUCGAGCGGGUUUUGUGCCUGGGGUUCGAGAUUGGGAGGUGUGAUGACCGAGUUAAGUCCUUCCUUCCUUUUCGGUCAGAAGCUGACUGUCUUGAAACUUGUUGCGCAGUGGAAGGCUGCGCACCUCUCCCUCUCUCUACUUUGUGCAGUAGCGGUUUUCGUUCUUGGAUGGAUCGGCAAGCCGGGUCGAUCGUCGUUGCGUUGGAGGCUUUGUGAAGUUCUCCCCCUCUUUCCCCCCCUUUUUUUUUCCCUUCCCUUCCUCUUCUCUUUCCUGUUGCUCGGUUGUUGACUACGCUUCAGCCACUUCUCCUUCUAUUCCUAAGCCGUGUGUUGGAUUCCGUCGAAUGGAUCGUUCGUUCGCGUUGGUCAAGUUCUACGGCAUGGAUCGGGAAGAAAGGUCGCUCGUUUCUUGGUCAAUAUCCUCGCGUCAAGGCGAGGCUCGUUUCGUGGUAUUGGAUCGUUUUCGCUCGGCCCCGACGGCUCAACAGCCAGCACUCGAGACUCAGCCAAGGGAGGACAUCAGGCGCUGUCGGGGUGACGAGUAG